GUUUCGUAUUUUUUUAUUUACCUUUUUACAUGUUUCCUUUUUGACAUGUUUUUGCGUGCAGAAGGUUAGGCUAAAUAUGGUAGAUAUAAUUGAAGAGAUCAAAGCAGGAAAUUUGUUUACUCUUAUUUCAAAUUAUACGAACGGGAUAUAUUCAGAGCUUGUAGAGGCAAAUAAAUCCGGGGAUUGGCAAGUUCAAGUUCUUCUUGUUGAGUGUGUGAUCUGUAACUGCUUGGUGUUUCUUAUUUGUGUAGCUUGGAAAAUAUACAGCAGAUCAAUUACUGAACACUUUUCAAAAGAAAACAACAUUUCCAACCCUUCAUCUCCAACUGCUGGACGUGGUGAACACAACAGAGAAAAGAAGAGACUUUGAAGAUGGAAUUAAAAAAGCCAAGUGAUCUCACAGACUGUUGGAAUGAUGAACAGAGAAUGAACUUUCUCUUCUCUGCAUUUCCUCCCGAUCCUUCCCAUAAUCCCGCUCACUGGAAGUCAAAACUUGACUUUUGGAGGACCCUGAUCAUGGAUUUAUGUGUGCAGAACAAUAGAAUGAAGGUUACUUUAGAUACUGUGAGUGUAUGGGUGGCAAGGGAUGACAGGAAACCUAUGGGCCUACAUGUUGUGUGGGAAGACUUAAAGCAGUCAAAGGAAUUUGUCUCAGCAUCAGAAUAUGCACAGGAUCUGAGUAGAAAUUCAACAUGGUUGGGCUGGGGCCUUAAUGUGCUGGUACGAAAACCAACAACUUGGAUAACUGGGAAAGUAUUUAGUCCUUUGAAGGGGAAAGGGGAUUUUGGCAGCCAGCAGUAUAUUUGCAUGAAAUCGCUGCAUAAAAUGUGCCAUUUGGUGCUGGAGAGAGUCCAUGAAGAAAAACAGAAAGAGGAUCACCCCAACAAGACAUAUAUUUAUUCAUACAAGCAACUACAAGCAUUGACAUCUGAUAUUGUGAAUGGGACAGACUGCUUGGACUUAGUUAUUUUAACUUUAGAGAACAAGAAAUCUGCUUCAGUGUAUAUGCCAGAGCCCACAGCAGCUGCAGGUACCAGUUCACCAAGUAAACAAGUAAAAAGGUAUAUCAAGUUCGCAGCACCAUCAGAAACAACUGCACAACCUGUAGGUGAAGUAGACCUUGGAAUUCUGGAAUUAGAAGAGUCUGAAAAGGUUCUGGAGAAAGAAAUCACUUUUCUGUACACGGAGCAAACAAAACUCGUCAAUUUGUGCAGAGAGAGUAUUCGGAAUAAGCACAGAGUGCUUGCUAAAAAUUAUUUGAGAAAAAAGCGAAGGUUAACUGUAGUUCUUGACAAGAAGGAUGCCUCACUAAGCAAUGUUCAGCAGCUUUUGGAGCGCAUACAUCAGUGCAAGACAGAUAUGCUAGUGGUUGAAACAUACAAAGCUGGGAUUGAGAUGUAUAAGAAACUAAAAGAUGAAGGAGGACUAAACAUUGAUGCUGUGGAGGACACAAUGAAUGAUCUUGGGGACAUGAUCGCAGAGCAGGAUGACAUCUCCUCCAUCAUGGCUACUCCUGUUUCCGAAUCAGAAUUCUCCAAUGAUGAGUUGGAGCAAGAGCUCAAUGAUCUUCUUUCAGAAGACAUUUCAACUCCUGCAUCGUCAGAUUUGCUGUCAGAGCUGGAAAGUCUUAGCAUCAACAGUAGUACACAAUCCACUCCUGGUUGUGAGACCAAAAAAGUUGGUGAAAAAAGUGGAAACACGCAGCCUGUGUUAACUUCGUAAUGCUGGCUACCUAGUUUGCUGGUGAACUUUACUUCUGUAUGGCGAAUAGUUCAAUUUAAUUACCUAACCUAAUGUAUUUUUGACUAUGUUAUACAAUUACACAUAUCGAUAUCUUCAUACCGUUUCCCCAAUUUCUGAAUGUAAUGACCACUUGGAAAUCUACAUAUAUUUAUGCCUUGUUCAUUUGUGCUUAGUGUAGAAUAAAUCUUCAUUUUUUACGUUUUUGAAGAAAUUUAAUUAAUUAUUAAAAUAUGACCAUAGCCUGUUUAUAUAGACUAUAGAGCAAUAGUUCAUCACUGUUCCCUAAUUGUAAUUGUUAUUUUUUCUCUUAG